UCUGAGUGCCGCCCUCAGCUACUUCUCCCAAGACCGACCCCCAAACAGCCAGUCCUGCCCAUCGCACCAUCAGCACGCACUUCUUCGCGAGACUAGCGGUAGCAGCACACUCCAGUUCCAGCUUGCGUCUCUUGGUGCGAUUUUGAUCCGCGGUUUUCCCUUCCUGGCUCCAACGUCGCGCGACCGCUGUCGCGGUCACGGCUGGUCGCUCCCAGCAUCCGGCGAAGAUCAAUUUUGCGCGACCCUCUGCGCUCGACGACAACUACUCCUGGCGCCGCUGGCGAAACCAUUGCCGAUCCACUUUGGACCUAGUCGCAUGGUUCACGAUGGCUACAGGUGAUACCGCGCCUCUGUUGGCCUCGUCAAGCCCUCCUCCGCCCUUGCUGGACAACAGCCCGAGCAAUCUGUCGAGCCCCCUCAGCGAGCCUGAAGACAAGGACAUAUCUGGCGACGAGGCGGACAUGGACUUGCGCGCCCAGAGCGACGAUCUCAACACACCAAACCGUCGUGGUUCCCGCGGCGACCCAUCGACAGAUGCCUCCGAGUCAGACGACGACAGCAAGCUAUCCGAGGUCGAUGUCAAUGACUCCGAAGCCGAGACAGAAAGACUCUACAACACUCCUCCAAAGAAUGGCGCGGCACGCGACACCAUAGACUCAGCUGGUAGUGCUGGACAUCGGCGAUUCACUGACCGUCGCGGCCGCAUUUUCGAGCGUAGCCCGAGCAAGCUCCACCAGCAGUUGCGAGCCGACGUUGACACUGAGGAGACGAACAUCCGUCGUGACUUUGGCUCUGAAGCAGAGGAGGAGAGCGGCGACGUCCCGUCUAGCGAACGUGAGCUUGGCUCAGCCAAGCGGCCGCCACCGACGUCGCCGUCGCUGGCGAAGAAAAGCCAGGUCGUUCCCGCGAAUGAUACCACCGCUCCCCAGCCGUCAAGGCAGAACUCCGCAGACUCUCGGAAACGGAAGCGUUCACCUGUUGCCGAGCACUCGGAGUCUGAUCUGCCGCUGAAGAAGCGAACCGGCUCGAUUGGCGCUGCCGAUCAUCAGUACGCCGAUGACAUACCCAUGGUCGACGAUGAGGGAAUCUCGACGAACACCCAGAGCGGCAAUCAUACUGCGGAAGAAGAUAAUGAGGAGCCUGCGGCCACCGGUGAGCCUAUAGAUGAGGCUCAAGACCUGGUUGAAGAAGACGUUGCCGCGCCGAGCAGGUCUAGGAAAGGGAAACGGAGCCCGACAAAGAAACGAAAAAGCAAGAGCCCAGAAGAAGUCGGUGCUCAGGAAGAAGCACCAGACGAACCUCCCGAAGAUGCCGAUAUGCACAGUCCCGAGGUGCCGACGCCGCAAGCUGAGGAUGAUCACGCCGAAGAGGUCGAUGAGGAGGCAGAGGCUGCGCAUCGCAACGAGGAAGAAUUGGAACGUAAAAAGGCGGCUUGGGAAGAACUGGUAGCCAUCGAGAAGCAAUUCAGCAGCUUUCGGGAGCGUCUUUAUCAGGAACGACUGGAGCAGCUCAACCAAGAAGAGGCGUCCCUCAUGGGCGACAAUCCGACACACCCCGAAUACCUUGCAAUGCUGCAAUGUCUCGAGGAGAGGCGAGCGGAAAAAAUACGCCGAAGUGACCUCGAGUUGCAAUUCAAGCUGUCUGUGCUCCGGCGCCGGGCAGUGGCAGAACGCGCGCAGAUUAUGUCGCAGUUCUACCAAGCGGUGCGAGAUUCGCGAGAGGAGGUACUCACAGAGCUGGGCCGAGAGUGGAACGAAAUUCAGCAGGAGCGUCGGCGGGCGGCCAACACGAUACCGGAUUAUGGACUUCGCUUUCCUGCCACAAGGGCGCAAGCUGUCAGAAACGCCGUGUCAUACAACAAAGAAGUCUCGGUCCUCUCCGGAUUUGCCAAACACGUCGGCUUUCCAGCUGCCCCCCCACUCAAUGGCGCUUCAGAAGAACAGCUGGAAGCCGACCUGGAAGCCAUCCAGAGCGCCCGUGAGCCGAUGCCCAGGCGCAUACCAAACCAAAUGUCAGUCUUGCGCCCGGAGUACGCGACAAGCCUCGGUUUCGGACAGGGCCUUGGUGCGGCCGGAGAGCAGUUCAUCGAACAAACCCCGUGGGCCAAUCCAAACCACCCGUCUCACCAGAUGCAGCGCCAGCACGCGCACCGGGAUGCGCACCCUCAGCCCAUCUACGCAGGCCCGUCGUCGGCGCCCCGGAGACAUUCCCACCAACCUGGCGGUCUCUUCUCUUCGAGCACGUCUACUAUUUACAACGGCGACUCUCCAGCCCAGGCUCCAAAGACGCACUCUUCGGCAGUGACUGAGCCUUCUCUCAAGGGAUCCAAGAUGGGCCCCGAGCCACUGAGGCGGGAGCCCGCGAUUCAUGCGACUUGAUAUCUUAUCUUUUCUUGUUGUUGAGUUUCGUGUUUUACGCCCUCAAGUCAGGAGGGCCAUCGGGUGUCUUGACAGACUCUAAGGAGUUCGUGGGCUGGUCAUUUCAUGGGGUAUUCCAGCAGGCAGGCGACCGGUUAUGCUUCCAGCAAUGCGGUGCGGGGAAACUUUUCUUCUUGUUCCCGUCUCAGACGCAGAUUUGCUACGAGGAUAGGUGGGUUUGGGG